UCGACCGCGCAGUGUCGGAAGUGUCAUUAACAAGAUAGUUCGCGUUUUGCGGUGAAAAUUGGCUAACUAAAAUGACGAUUUGUGCUAUAAAAGUGUGCAGGAAUUAUAAAGGACGAUUGAAAACAACUAAAAAGGUUACAUUUCACCGAGUACCUAAUGAUCCUAUUUUGAAAAGUCGUUGGAUAGAAAUAAUAAAAAAAAGCCGCGGAGAGGAUAAUUGGAAACCAGCAAAAACUACAGUUGUUUGCUCGGAACAUUUCCGUUCUGAAGAUUUGUAUUUUGUCAACAAUCAAGGGCGUCGAAGGUUAAAAAGAGAAGCUGUCCCUUGCAAGGCACUGUUCUUAUCGUCGGUGAAAUCAGAUGAUGAAAGUGAAGAAAUCGUUGGAAAAAUAAUAAAAAUAGAAAAAAUAAGUGACUGUGAAACAAACACUUUAGAGGAUAUAAAACCUCCGGGAAUUAUUGUAGAAGGAUCUACCGAUGUUAAAAAAGAGAAUCAGGAUGACUCAUCUCUCUGUACGGAAACAUCUGACAAAUCAAAACAAGAUGUGACACCACCCAGUCCCAAAGGUUUUAAACCUUGGGAAGUAAUAAGCUGUCAAAUCGGCGAUGGACAGCAAGUAAACAAUGAAACAGAGAAGAAGGAAGAGGACGAAGAAGAAGAUUUUUCUGAUCUUGAUUCUGUUUACGAUUCACCGCAACGAUCAAAAAUGCGACAUGAUUUACGGAGGAGGAUCAAACUCCAAAAAAAACAUGUCUUGAAAAUCCAAUCCUUGAGACGGAAAAACUUACGACUUAAAAAAACAAUAGCUUCCCUCAAACAAGUUAUUGAAACCCUAAAGAAAGAGAAAAAUUAGAAAAAAAACGUUUGAAUGAGGAUUGAAUUGAAUGAGGCAAGUGUACUGUCUGGCGAACCUGUAAUUGCCACAGUUUUAAUUUAUAAGCGAUGAAAGCGUUGGGCUACAAGUUUAAUAAUUCUACUAAAUAUUCAGAAGGAAAAUCUGACUACGUUGUGUUAUAGCGAUCUCCUUCAUAAUACAAUAUGAAGAAUCGAGAAAAAUAUUUGGUUCUACAAAAUUAUAAUAACCAAGUUAUGCAAUGGA